CGCCAGAGGCCGAAGGAUGCAAAAGUGGUUUUAUGCUUUCGAUGAUGCAAUCAUUCAGCGACAGUGGCGGGCAAACCCCUCCCGGGGCGGGGGAGGUGUGAGCUUCACGAAGGAGGUUGAUAACAAAGUGGCCACCGGCGCUCCUCCACGCCGCCAACGAGUCCCCGAGCGUGCGUGCCCUUGGAGGGAGCCAAUCCGCGGCCGGCGUGGGGCCCGGCCCAGCGGAGGUGGUGCUGGGACGCCCGGGGAGACCGUACGUCACUGCUCUGCGCCGGAAGACCCUAUUUUCAGGUUCUCUUCCCUCCAUUCCUACCCCUUCCCCGGUACCAUAAAAUCCCGGGAUAUGAGCCGGAAGAGGCAUCACCUGGUCCCGGAGACUUUUGGAGUUAAGAGGCGGCGGAAGCGAGGGCCUAUGGAGUCGGAUCCUCUUCGGGGUGAGCCAGGGUCGGCGCGCGCGGCUGUCUCAGAGCUCAUGCAGCUGUUCCCGCGAGGCCUGUUUGAGGACGCGCUGCCGCCCAUCGUGCUGAGGAGCCAGGUGUACAGCCUCGUGCCUGACAGGACCGUGGCCGACCGGCAGCUGAAGGAGCUUCAAGAGCAAGGGGAGAUCAGAAUCGUCCAGCUGGGCUUCGACUUGGAUGCCCAUGGAAUUAUCUUCACUGAGGACUACAGGACCAGAGUCCUCAAGGCCUGUGAUGGCCGACCGUAUGCUGGGGCAGUGCAGAAAUUUCUAGCUUCAGUACUUCCAGCCUGUGGGGACCUUAGUUUCCAGCAGGACCAAAUGACACAGACCUUUGGCUUCAGGGACUCAGAAAUCACGCAUCUGGUGAAUGCUGGAGUCCUCACCGUCCGAGAUGCUGGGAGCUGGUGGCUAGCUGUGCCUGGAGCUGGGAGAUUCAUCAAGUACUUUGUUAAAGGGCGCCAGGCUGUCCUUGGCAUGGUCCGGAAGGCAAAGUACCGGGAGCUGCUCCUAUCAGAGCUCCUAGGCCGGCGGGCGCCUGUCGUGGUGCGGCUUGGCCUCACCUACCAUGUGCACGACCUCAUUGGGGCUCAGCUAGUGGACUGCAUCUCUACCACUUCGGGAACCCUCCUCCGCCUGCCAGAGACAUGAAGAUUCUGCUCAUCAUUGCUCAGCUCCUCAGAGUGGGCCAGGAGGGGACUAGAAGAUCUGCAUGAUGGUGGCUGAGACAGGGUUACCUUGGGAAGGCUUGGGAGCCAGGAUGAGUGUUGGGCUCUCAUGUGUGCAAAAGGUCAGAUGUGACUGCUGCUGUUUGUCUAAUCUCUGACCCAGUGGUGGGGUUUGAGUAAUACUUCUCUGCCCUUCCAUGGAAAGUGGAACCAGAAAUGGCGCCAAGGCUGUGGCUGUUCCCUUUCGUGUAAAAUGGUGCUGUUAUUACUCUGUCUUGAAAUAGGAAGGUGGGAUUUCUGGGGAGGCUGGUGAAGGAGGGCAGGGUUCUUUUCUCUACGUGUCAUGUUAAAAUUGCCAAAUAAAGUACCUCUGCCUCUGA